AUGGGGGAAAUUGUUUCAGCUGUUCUACAAAAGAAGUUGCCUCCUAAAUGUAAAGAUCCUGGUAUGUUUACUAUCCCUUGCAAAAUUGGAAGUGUUAAUGUUGAAAGAGCAAUGUUAGAUCUAGGAGCUUCAAUUAAUGUGAUGCCUUUAUCUAUUUAUUCAUCUUUGAAUAUUGGUUCCUUAAAAGAAACUGGUGUAAUUGUUCAACUUGCUGAUAGAUCUAAUGUUUAUCCUGUGGGGGUUUUAGAAGAUGUUUUAGUGCAAGUGGAUGGGUUGAUUUUUCCUGCUAAUUUUUAUGUGUUAGAUAUGGAAGAAGAUAAUUCUACUAAUUCUUCAUUAAUCUUAUUAGGAAGGCCAUUUUUGAAAACAUCUAGAACUAAAAUUGAUGUGCAUGAUGGUACACUCACAAUGGAAUUUGAUGGUGAACUCAUUAAGUUUAACAUUUAUAAUGCUAUGAAAUAUCCUGAUGAUGUAUCGUCUGUUUCUCUAGUAGAUGUUGUUGACCCUUUUGUGCAGAAAAUUUCUUAUUUGACUUAUAAUAAUUCCUUAGAGGUUGCAUUGAACUUGAAUCUUACCCCUGAUGGGUUGAAGAAAAUCAUAAAUAAGUUUUCUUUGAAUUUUGAUUUGCAAGAUAUUGUACAUGAGUUGGAGUCACUUAAGCCGAUGAAAUAUAAUGCUUAUUAUAUUGAGUUGCCUAUAUCUGACACAAAACUCCUUCCUUCUGUUGUUCAAGCUCCAAAGAUAGAACUGAAACCAUUGCCAGAUCAUUUAAAGUAUGCAUUCUUAGGGGAUGAGGAGACUCUUCCCGUGCUAAUCUCCAAAAAACUAUCUACAUUGGAAGAGGAUGGUUUUUCAGGUUUUCAUCAGAUUCCAGUUGCACCUGGAGACCAAGAAAAAAUGACCUUCACCUGCCCAUUUGGCACCUUGGCAUUCUGGUGGAUGCCAUUUGGUCUUUGCAAUGCUCCUGCUACAUUUCAAAGGUGUAUGGUUAGUAUCUUUUCAGAUUUUGUAGAGAUUUUUAUAGAGGUAUUCAUGGAUGACUUUACAGUCUAUGGUGAUUCUUUUGAUGCCUGUUUAGCUAACCUCACUAAAGUGCUUGAACGAUUGAUUGUUUAUUCUAACCAUGCAGUUCUUAAGUACUUGCUUUCAAACAAAGAAGCUAAGCCCAGACUUGCAUGUAGAGGACAUUUUGGUCCAAAAAGAAUUGCUCGUAAAGCGUUAGAAUGUGGUUUAUUUUGGCCAUCCUUAUUCCGUGAUUGUUAUAUGUUUUGCAAAACAUGUGCGCAAUGUCAAAAAACUGGAAAUUUGGGUUAUAGGGAUCAAAUGCCACUUACUCCUAUUCUUGUUUGUGAAAUAUUUGACGUUUGA